AUGGUAAAGAACGUUCUUUUGCUCGGAUCUGGGUUUGUCGCCCAGCCAGUUGUUGAUGUAUUGGCUGCCACGGAAGGUAUCAACGUGACAGUGGCCUGUAGAACUUUGGCUAAAGCGCAAGAGCUGGCUUCUGCGUCUAAUUCAGCUGCGAUCUCGGUGGAUGUUUCCAAAGACGAAGAACUGGACGCAGCGUUGUCUAAACAUGACUUGGUGAUUUCUUUGAUCCCUUACAUUUACCAUGCUGCCGUUGUCAAGAGUGCCAUCAGACUCAAAAAGGACGUGGUUACCACCUCGUACGUUUCCCCAGCUCUGAAAGAGCUUGAACCAGAGAUCAAGAAGGCUGGUAUUACGGUGAUGAACGAAAUCGGACUGGACCCUGGUAUUGACCACUUGUACGCCAUCAAGACUAUUGACGAAGUCCACAAGGCCGGGGGUAAGAUCAAAUCUUUCUUGUCGUACUGUGGUGGUUUGCCAGCCCCAGAGAACUCGGACAAUCCUUUGGGCUACAAGUUCUCCUGGUCUUCCAGAGGUGUUUUGUUGGCCCUGAGAAACUCAGCUAAGCUUUGGAAAGAUGGAAAGAUCGAGGAGGUGUCCUCUGAGGAUUUGAUGGCCUCCGCUAAACCUUACUUUAUAUUCCCCGGCUUCGCCUUGGUAUGCUACCCUAACAGAGACUCUACUCCUUUCAAGGAGCUUUACGAGAUUCCAGAAGCCGAGACCGUUGUCAGAGGAACUUUGAGGUUCCAAGGUUUCCCAGCCUUCGUUAAAGUUUUGGUUGACGUUGGUAUGCUAAAGGACGACGAAACCAGCAUAUUCAAAGAGUCAAUUGCCUGGAAUGACGCUCUGCGCCAAUAUUGGGGUAGCAAGUCUUCCUCCAAAGAGGACCUCAUUGCGUCCAUCGAUGUUAAGACCAGCUGGGUUAGUGACGAAGACAGAGAGAGGAUUCUCAACGGUUUCAGCUGGUUGGGAUUGUUUUCCGACAACAAGAUUCAUCCUAAGGGCAACGCUUUGGAUACGCUAUGUGCCACUCUUGAAGAAUUGAUGCAGUUCGAAGAGGGCGAGCGUGACAUGAUUAUUUUGCAGCACAAAUUCGGCAUCGAGUGGGCUGACGGUACUCCGGAAACCAGAACCUCGACUCUAGUUGCCUACGGCCAGCCUGGUGGUUACAGCGCCAUGGCUGCUACUGUGGGAUUGCCAUGUGCCAUCGCUACAAAGCUUGUCUUAAACGGUACCAUCAGAGGUCCAGGUUUGGUUGUUCCCUACACUCCAGAGAUCAACGAUCCUAUCAUGAAGGAAUUGAAGGAGAAGCACGGCAUUUUCUUGACUGAGAAGACAGUCAGCUAA